GCCGUAUCGUCGGCGUUUAUUGCAUCGAAACAAGCGCUACUCGCGCCAGCGCCAUCAUACUGCUAAUGCGGGGUGGACUUGGCGUAUAACAAUGUCGCAUAUCUUGGGGUUCCCGCGGGCGAAGAAGGCGUAGCAGUGCCCCAGCAGUUAUUGGCUAUACCGUGCUAUCCAGCUUAUUUUACUACAGCAUUACAUGAUCGAUUUUUUUGUAACAGAGGAAGGAUCGUUGCCACAAAUUAUGGCUCCUGCUGUGUACGCAUUUCCGCAGUUUUAAGGAGCGGCGGACGUAUCGCUUCGAGGGGCAAAUAGCAUCAAAGCCUAUUUCACUUUGAAUCUUCGGCUAGCUUCCUAAAGGGUAUUAGGGAGCAGCAGCAUUUUGUCACCAUGUCGUCGGGCGGCAUCCCUGCGUCGCGAGGCCCUUCAGCGCUGGUUGUGCUACCACCAUGCGACCCUGGCAGCUCACCUAGCACCGCUCCCUCAACUCCGCAUGGAUCCGACGGGCCUGCCCCAGCAAGCUCGUCCACCCGCCCAAAGGACAUCGUAGCCAGCUACCUCCGCGACCUCUACACCGGCCCCACCGCAACCCGCGUGCUGGCCGCCCAGGGCCUGGGCGCGCUGCCCUCCUUCCUGCCGCGCCGGGAGGCUGCCUCGGCGCUGCGUGUGGCGGUGGAGGAGGGCGUGGUGGCCAGCCUGGCAGAGCUACUGGCCGCGGAGCAGGAGCUGGCGGUGCAGGAGGCGUGUCUGUGCGCGCUGGCGGCGCUGCUGGUGGCGACUGCGGCGCACGAGCAGCACGCCGCGCCGCUGCGGCCGCCGCACCUGCGCCUGCUGGGGCGGUGCGUCAUGCGGCCCGAGGUGCUCACGCAGAUAGGCUACGUGCUGACCGCCAGCAGCUCCAGCCGGGUGGUGCUGGCGGCUGCCCGGCUGGUGGCCAUCACGGCGCCAUACGUCACACAGGCCAAUGACGUCCACGUGCUAGACAGCCGCAUCAUACCCGGCCUCCUAGCCGCCCUCGUCUCAGUACGCAAUACCGGCGCCACCGCUGCUGCUCCCACCGCCUCCCCCGGCGCCGCAGCAGCCACACCCCGCGACGCAGCCGCCUGCGCACUCGCGCUGCUCGGCCUGGCCGAAGCCACCCCAGAUCUGUACAUUGCCGUACGUACGGCAGAUUUCUUCCAGGCGCUUGCCGUACUGUACCAGCGCUGCAACGACCCAGAUCAGCCUCCAUGUCUGCUGCUGCCGGCGGACGUUGCGGCGCUCAUCCUGCAGGCGAUCACCCUGGCGCCGCAGGCCAGGUGGAUGGCUGCUGCAGGCGGCAGUGGCAGCGGGGGUGGCGCGGGUGGUGGUGCGGGUGCGGGUGUGGGUGUGCUGCCCAAGAGCUACUGGCGGUUGGCGGAGCGGCAUCUGGAGGACAGCCAGGCCCUGGAGUGCCUGGUGAGCUAUGUGGCGGUGGAGGCGGCCAACCUGCGGCUGCUGGGCGAGGAGGUGGCGGGCUUGCUGGCCAGCAGCGCACGGGCGGUCAUCGAAAAGAACAGCAUGGAGUUGGAGCACCUGCAGACCCGCCUGCGCGACAUGCAGCAGCAGCUGGCGGAGGCAAAGGACGCAGCCAGGGAGGCGCGCAGGGCGGCGGAGGCGGCGGAGAUGGACGCGGCGGCGGCGCAGGAGGCGGCGGAGGCGGCCGACGCAGAGGUGCGCGACAGCGGCGUCGGCGGCAGCCAGGAGCAGCGGCGGGUGCGGCGGGUGGCGGAGGCGGAGGCGGCGCGGGCGGAGGAGGAGGCGGAGCAGCGGCGGCGGGCGAUGGAUGCGGCGGAGGCGGGGGCAGCGGAGCUGAGGCGGGAGAUGGCGGUGGCGCGGCGGGCGGCGGGGCCGGUGCGGCUGCAGAGCGAGCGGAUGGCGAGGCUGGAACGGGCGAUGCGGGAGUGGCAGCAGCAGCACAGCUCUCGCGGCCGGCGGCGAGUGCGGGUGUCGCGCCCCAACGUACACAUGCUGCAACAGGUCCUCUCCCUGCUGUCCUCCCGCAUCAAGCCCGCACCCGCACCGGAGCGACCAGCCAGUGCCAGGCCCGCCGCCUCCCCGCACGCCACCUCCGCCAGCCCCACGCGCCCCACCUCCGCCUCCUCCGCCGCUGCUGCCGCCGCCGCUGCCAGCCCGCCCGGCCCCAGCCGCCAGCAUGCGGAGGUGGUGGCGGCCAAGCUGCUGGAGGGGAAUAUCGUGCAGGCCAUGGUCCGCCUGAACUCCGUGCUUAUGUCGCUGCGCUGCCUGGCGUGCGAGCUGGCUCAGCUGGCUGCCGACCUGGCGCUGCAGCCCGACAUGGCGGCGGCGCUGGGGGCGGCGCAGGGGGCGCUGGGCAGGGAGGUGCAGGCGCUGGGGGCGGCCAACAGGCGGGCGGCGCUGAGGAGAAGACAGGUUGACACCGAGAUCGCCAAGCUGCGUCGGGGCCUGAAGCUGGGUCUGCCGCAGGGGGGCCCGCGGAGGCACGUGGAGCUCUUCGCGGGCAACGGACUGUCCAAGGAAGUACGGCAGGAGGACGUGGAACAGCGGCUGCAGGACCUGGAGCUGGAGGCUGCGGAGCUGGGCUGUGUGAUGGCGGACUCGGAGGGGCUCAUGGAGCUGAUGCGCGGCAAGCUGGAGGCCCUCUCCUCCGCCUCCGCCGCCCUCUCCGACAGCCACGCGCGCUUCCUCGCAGCCUACCCCGAGCAGGCCCCUCCCGCCAAGGCGCCCGCGGGCCCUACCAACAGUCCCGCUACCGCCGCCGCUUCUUCCCCAGGCCCCAGCCCCGGCCUAGCCCUCAGCAUGGCCUCCCAUCUCCAACUCAUGGCUAGAGACCCCAGCCACCCAGCAGGCCAGCUCAUCCGCCUGCUAGCCACGUCGCUGUCGCCGUUCAUCAGCGCCUCAUCAAACCUGGGGGCGCUUGUACGGCAGCUGCUGGGCAGGCCGGGACCCGAGGGAGGCGGGGGCAAGGGCGGGGCGGCGGGCAGGGGAGGAGGUAUGGCGGGGGAGGGCCCCCGGCGUGCGCUGUCGGCUCGCAGCCGUGGCGGAGGAGCGGACGCGGGUGGGGCGGCGGGACGGCCGACGAGCGCUGGCGUGCGGGGGGGCAGUGGCGGAGGCGGCGGAGGCAGCCCGGGUGACUCCAAGCUGCGCACCUCGCUGCCCACCUCCCCUUCGACGCAGCGGUCCAAGGAGUUCACUUCCAUGUAUGAGAUGAUCCAGGCCACCCACAGCCCCAUGCGCGGAGUCAGCGCCCCCAACAACUGCCGCUCCAACGACCUGACCAGGCGCCUGCGGGCCCAGGCACACGCCCAGGCGCAGGCGCAGGCCAAGCAGCAAGCCUGGCUUCCUGCCGCGGACGGCGGCACCCUGCUAGCUGCCGCCGACCUCAGGGCGGCCACCGAAGCAGCCGCAAUGAUACUCUCCAUCUCCAUGUCAGCCUCGGAACAGCUGCACCACCACCACCACCACCAUCUGGCUGGUGAUGAUCCGCUGGCGGCGGCGGCCGCGGCGGUUGGUCUUCCAGUGGCAUCCGAGUCGCGACGUGUCGUACUCCAGGCGGUCUCCUCCGUGCUGUUCGACCCAGUGGACCCCAGCGCUCUGGCGCCGGCGGCGGAGGCGAGCGGCGGCAGUACGGGUGGCAGCAGCGCCGGCGGCGUCAGCCGGUUCGGUACGGCGGCGCGGGGGGGCAGCUUUGGCGGUGCGAGUCAGCUGGCGGCGUCGGAGGCUGAGGGGUGCUCAGCUGCUGUGGCUGGAGGCGGCGGUGGUGCGGGUGGUGGCGGCGGCGUGUGUGUUUUGGACGCGUUGUUGUUCCAGUCGGAGCUGCUGUGCCGCGUGUUGGACGCGCUGAGCACCCUGCAUACCUUCACGAGGUCCGCCUGCCGUACAUGUCGGCAGCUGCCCGCCAGCCUGUCGUACGCCUCCCUGGUCGGCAGCCACGUGGGCCCCGCCAUGGGGCAGCUGCAUGCGCUGUGGGUGGACGCCAUCUGCCACUACCCGGACAUGCGGGUGCAGGUCGCCUCCUGCGUUGCGGAGAUCGCCCAGCUGGGCCUUGUCCCCGGCUCCGAGUUCUCCGCCGUGUACCAGGAAACGGGCAUGCUGGAGGUGCUCAUCCGCAUGCUGGCGGGGCAGCUCAGACCCGCAGGGGGCGCGGCCGCCGCCAACACAACAGCUGGGGCAGCAGGGGCCUCUCCGGGCGGCUCCCCGCGCGGUGCGGCAGCGGGGGUCCCGGCGGGCGCCCCCGCGGCUGCCCGACCCCUGGGUCGCAUGCCUCCGCCGCUGCCGUCCGCGGGUCGCAUGGGUCCGGCGCAGCAGGCGGAGCAGGCUGCUGCUGCGGAGGCGCUGGUGGCGCUGAGCGACUCGCAGCCGGAGGUGCUGGCGGCCAUUGGCGGGGAGGACAAGCUGCUGUCCCGGCUGUGCAGUCUGGCUCUGGACCACUCCGCCAGCUGGACCGCCCGCCUGGCCGCUGCCGACCUGCUGGGGGACCUGGUGGUGGGCGGAGGGCAGCCGGCGGCGGCGGCGGUGGCGGCGGGCGCGUACGCGGCGCUCAGCGAGCUGCUCAACCGGGACAUGUUCCCCUUCCUCAACCAGGACCCCCGGGGCAGCAAGGCCACCGUGGUAUCCGCUCUGGCCUGCCUGGCAGCGCACUGGGAGCUGCUGGAGGGGGUGGUGGCGGCGGCGCAAGCCCCCAGCGGCCCCUCCUCCGGCCUGCCCGUCUGCGACCCCAGCCAGGUGCUCUCCGCCAUCCUGCGCUCGCUGUGGUGCGUGUGCCAGCAGGCGCUCAGCACCUUCGUGCCGGACAGGAAGGGGCGCGAGCGGCUCAUGUCACCCGACGCCGGCAGCGCGCUCGCCGCCACCGCCACGGCCGCCGCGGCGGAGCUGGCGGCGCUGGCCGGCAACAGCCCGGAGGCGCGGCGGAUCAUGGUGGGGGAGAUGGGGCUGGGCCGCCGGCUGAGCGGGCCGUUCCUGCAGAUCGUCAAGGACGCGCAAUUGCACGAGGCGCUGCUGGAACUGCGCAAGAGCAUAUCGUGAAGGGGGGGGGGUCGUCUGGGUUCGUGUGGAGGUGUGUGGCUCUCUGCAAGGAAAAGGUUGCUUGGAGCGGAAGGGUUGUUUGUGGGAAGGCCCAUCGUGGGAAGGAGCCGGGAAGGACGCGGCGGGAGUGUGUUGCAGGCGGGCGGUGUUUGAGCGUUAAAGGGGUGGGGGUGUGUCGCCACGCACCGAAGUUUUUUGGCGUGGGACUGAACGGAAUGAUCCGUAAAGGGACAAAGUUGGAGUGGGCAGGAUGUGGUUGGGGUGGGUACACGGCACUUCGGUUGAGGAGGAUUGGUAUUCAGCUUCUGGAGCGUACGCUCCCUGUUGGCCGGGACCAGGGGAUCCCUGGCGUGGAGUGCUCGUGAGGCGCGGGCAGGCUUUGCUCGAGGGCGAGGUCGGGGGCCCUUGGCGCGGCGCAGGGCGGAAGGGAUGGAUGGGAAGGGGCUGAUGGUGUCAGGGUGGGGCGUUGGUGGCGGAAUUUGGCAGGCUGAAAAGCUUGAACAUGGCUAAUUAUUGACUUGUUGUGAGCUUUACUUAUCAUCGUGACAAGGCGCAUGGCAGCCCAUGGUGCUUUCCGUUUUGGGCCGAGCGCCGAUGCGUCAAUCCGUGCAGCUGAGGACCAAUAACGCGCUUUCGGACAUACCUUAACUUAUAUACGCGGAUAACAAAAAACAGAUACUUGGAGUCGUUCAGUCAGUCCACGCGGCAACCUGCUCAGUCAAGUUUCUUGAACACUGCUCCUUACUGACUGUAAUAAGUAGCUCUGCGCUUUUUAAAUCGAGGACAGCUGCGUAGAGAGCUCACUUGCCCUGACGGGCUUUUGCGUUCGGGGCGCCGCCCCUAAGCCCAUCCAGUAACUUCCAGCCAACGCCUUCAGCUCCGCACCUUGAGGCAGGGGACGUGGCGCUGGCAGGCAGCAGGGCCUCGUCCCCUUUCUUAGCGACCUCCUGAACGGCUGACUCGUGUGCCGGGCCAGAAAAUGAGUCUCUCUCCAGAGGCAGCUACCAUGGCGCGCAACAAGUUUGAGGAGCUGAAAAAACUUACGGAGCAGCGGCAGCUUGUUAACCUUGAGCUAAUUAACAGGCUUGCGAAGGCGCUUGACAAGGUCAAAGCUGGACCUGGGCUCGCUGGCAUCGCUCCGGGCCCGGCUAGCGUAACUGCCAGCAAGCAGCCUGCGAAGCGAGCACCACAGCCAUCAGGGCUUGGAGCGCCGGAAGCUAAGCGGCCAAAGCUAGACUCUGAGGUGGACAAAAAGAUUGACAACUUGUGGCGAUCCUGCGCAAGUAUUCUGGACUUCCUCAUGAAAAAGAAGUCCGCUAUUAUUUUCUCCAAGCCAGUGGACCCAGUCAGGGACAAAGUGCCCGACUACUUCAAGUUCAUCUCCCAUCCGAUGGACCUGGGCACCAUCAAAAGCAAGCUUUCCCAGCGCAAGUACAACGACGUCCGCGAGUUCGCGGCGGACGUGCGGCUCGUUUGGAGCAACUGCCGCACAUACAACUCGAUUGGCACUCCAGUCCGCAUCUGGGGCGACCAGUUGUCCGACGACUGGGAGAAGAAGUGGGCGGAGAGCAACAUCGAGCAGCGCUGGGACGACCUGGUGCUGCAGCGGGAUCCCCAGGCCAUAUCUCUGGACCGCCGGAUAGCCUCCAGCGCCCGGCAGCUGCUGCAGCGGGUCAACUCGGUGCACUCGCUGCCCGCUGCCGACCCCUCGCGGCCCAUGAGCACGGUGGAGAAGCGCAAGCUGAGCAUCGCGCUCAGCGAGCUGCAGGGCGACCAGCUCGGGGAGGUACUCAACAUCAUUGCGGAAAACCUGAAGAACAUCAACCCAGAUGACGAGGAUGAGAUUGAGCUUGACGUGGACCAGCUGGACAACCUGACGCUGUGGCGGCUCCGGGAGUACUGCGACAAUGUGGCCAACCGCCAGACCUCCAAGCCGGCGGUGCCGUCGAAGGCAGCGGCCGGCGGGGAGUCGCGGCCAGCGCAUGACGGCGGGAAGCACCAGCAGCCGCAACAGCAACAACAACAGCAGCAGCAACAACAGAGGAGCAAGCCGCCGGCGCGCACGGAAAGCGGUUCAGAGUCGGACCGCUACUCUGCGGAGCAGGACGUGAAGGGCUCGAACAUGGUGGAGCAGCCGCAAAGCCAGCCUAACUUUGUGAAGAACCAGCGUUCUGCGGCGCUGGUGGAGGAGUCCGCAACCGCACCAAAGGACAAGUCGGCCAUCGCAACCGAUAAGAAGAGCAACAAGGAUGUGGUGCUGAACGCCUCCGCCUGGCAGGCGGCGGACGAGGAGCCCGCAGAGGGCGGCGGCGAGGCGGCCGACGCGGGCGCUGGCGGGGAGGAGGAGGGGGAUGACUUGUGGGACUCCUUCCGCAGUGUGGCUGAGCGGGAAAAGCAGCAGAAAGCUGAGGAGGAGAAGCGGCGAAAGGAGCUCGAGCAGGAACGAGAGAAGGAGCGGUUGCGUGCUGUUGCGGAGGCGCGGCAGGCGAAGGAGGAGGAGGAGCGCAAGAUCCGCGAGGCGGAAGAGGCGGCCGCCGCGGAGGCCAAGCGCGCCAAGGACGAGGCGAGGCAGAAGGAGCUGGAGGAGCUGCAGAUGCAGGCCAACACCGCGCAGGUGUACCAGCCGCCGGAUGCAAAGGCCUUUGCGCAGACCUUUGGCGCGGGCGGGGCGGACAUCAACGACCUCGGCCUCAUGUACAAGCACGACGACGAUGCGGACGAUGUGGGCUUUGACGACUGAUGGGUGGACACAAAUGGCGGUCGUUAAACCGGGAAUUGCGACGGGCGUUAUCAGCAGCUGACCGGGGGACGGUACCACUCCAGAAAAGGCUGGCGUGUCCGGUUACGUCGGAAGCUCGCUGCGUACGCUCCUCACCAGCGCUUUCUCCCGCAGCAGUGCGGUUGCGAUGUGGGUCGGCUAGGGCUGGUCGUCUGGGUCACCAGAUGCAAUGCGCGGGUUAUAGUGGUAUGAGGUGAGGAUCGCGGGGCGGUACGGAGGCUGUGGGGUUCAUGGCAGCUGCUGCGCUUUGCUCUGUGCCAAGCCUGUUGGGGCGGUCGAGGCGUGUACUCGGUUGCCGUUGUCGUUGAUGAUAAGAGUGCGAUGAUAAGUUCUUUUGUUUGUUUCAUGGAACAUGGAGGUGCUUCUGGAAGAGCGGUGCUCUUCGGAGCGUCGUAUUGCGGCACGCUUUACACAAUGAGAGCGAGCCCGGCGGUGCAUCGAGUGGUUGGGUCGCAAACGUGCUGUUGGCAAUGAAGGCAUGGCACGAAGAGGUAUGGUAUGGCUUGGUUUACGUUUUGGACCGUACAUGAUUCCUCUUGUUACGAGCUUUCGACCCGGUUUAGGAGGAUUGCUGCCUCCGUUUGAGCCGUCUUGGUGGUUGCAUGGAGUGGAUACUUGGGUGCGCUUGCGGUCUUGCUGGGUCUGUGGGCGCGUUUGGGUGCUGGUGUAGACACGAGCACAAGGGCGUGUUGUAGCCGAGUUUUGUUGGAGGAGCCAUGUUUCUUCCCGGGCAUUCCCAGUUGGCAUAUUCACGCAAAAAACGUCUAAAUAUUUGCAUAUCUCUGCAUUCCAGGAUUGUUGCAUGGCAUUCCCACGAGCUGUAAGAUGAUGCAGCACAACGACAAUUUGCAAUGGUCCAGCACGCCUACCGCACAACAGUGUCUUUCCAAUAACC